UGCAGACCAAUGAAACGUUUCCCUCACCUUUCCUUCAACCCCAUAUAAACCACUCGCCAAAUGCGCAAAUGCAACAACCACAGGGAUCCUAUGCAAGUUCUAAUCAUGCUUAUUCAUCUAACCCACCACAAAGUAGCUCUUUAACCUACCCGAGUUGGAGGAGCAAUAGUCCUCACUCUAGAGGUUACUCUGCCCCAAAAGGUGUCGGUUUUCUUAGCCCGCAAACCCACUUCACCAGUGGUUCAGGACAAGGCAGCUACCCUAGUCCUGGCUCUAGUCCCCAUUUCACCAACCGCCCAGUGGUUCAGGACGAGGUUACCCUAGCCCUGGACCCAACUUCAGAAAUAGUCCCCAUUUUGCCAACAGCCCAGGUCAUGGUCCAGGACGCGGCUACCUUAGUCCUGGACCCAACUUCAGGAAUAGCCUCAACCAUGGCUCGGGUCAAGGAGGGUACCCUAGCUCAGGUCCAAGUUCCGGGAGAGGGAGAGGCGGUGGGCCUGGAUAGGGUGGAGGGCGAGGACGGGGCCAUAAUCAUGUAUCUGCAGAAGACCGGCUCGAUCGUUUCUACAAUAAGUCAAUGGUGGAAAGACCCUUGGAAGUUUCUAGAACCUGUAAUUUGGAAGUCACUCAAAAAGCAGUGGUUUCCACCUGUUAAUGCGAAAAAACCUCGAGUUUCAGAAUCUCCAAGAAUGUCUAGUUCACAACCUAGCCUUGCUGAAAUCUUGGUUGCGUCUUUAAAUGAAGUUACAGACGAUAAACCCAACGCAGAAUGAUAGGGUUCAAGCUAGAUAUCCAUAGGCUUGAUUGUUACUCUUUUAGCAUGAAUCGCCCACAGAUUAGUGUCCAACAAUGUAUGCUUCAGCAGGCUCCUGGAGGGCAGCUAUAGCAGAGCGCCGAAAUCAUAGAUGUGUUUUGAAAUCCUGAGCGAUUUCUCUCAUGAGCCUCUGGAACGGAAGUUCUCUGAUCAAAAGGUUAAACCAGGAGCUGUUUGUGUGUAUAGGGAUCCAGAUGGGGAAAACGGUUAAGUAAUUAGUCAACAUCCGAUCAAAAACAGG